UCACAUUCUAACACUUCAAGAACAGCAUCAAGACCGACUCCUCCUAGACAUGUGACCGACCACAUGGUCAUGACAUCAUCACAGGUCCUUUAACCCACUAGGAUCUAGCAUCUACCGGCCGGUUCGGCUGCGGAUGGCAGAGUCCGGCCUGGGGGCUGGAGGAAAACCAGAACCGGAAGCAGCACUGGGUGGAGCGGGGUGUAUCACAGAAUGGGGAAGAGACGCUGCGUGUCGACUACAGAGAAUAAGCCAUCUUCAGGCUGCUGUGGAGUAAAAAAGCCCAAACUGUGCCCCUCUUCCGCUGGCGGUGUCCAGCCCCCAGUCCCACAUAAUUGCCAGCCCCACGAGGACAAGACGGUGGGGCCAGGUGCACUCACCCCACUCUCCCGCCCUAAUGGGACCACAAGCGGAAGGGAGCAGUUGGUGGUGACAGCCGAAAUGGGCUGCUACUGCUUUGAUGUUCUUUAUUGUCAUCUGCAUGGCUUCCCACAGCCACGUCUGCCACGUUUCACCAAUGACCCCUACCCUCUUUUUGUCACAUGGAAGGCUGGACGUGACAAGCGUCUUCGUGGCUGUAUUGGCACUUUUUCCGCCAUGAACUUACACUCAGGACUCAGGGAAUACACCUUAACCAGUGCCCUUAAGGACAGCCGCUUCCCUCCUCUAACCCGUGAGGAGCUGCCCAAGCUGUCUUGCUCUGUGUCUCUGCUCACCAACUUUGAGGAUGUAGGCGAUUUCCUGGACUGGGAGGUUGGAAUCCAUGGAAUCCGGAUUGAGUUCCUUAAUGAAAAGGGGGUAAAACGCACAGCCACCUACCUACCUGAAGUAGCAAAGGAACAAGAUUGGAAUCAGAUUCAGACAAUAGACUCUCUGCUCAGGAAAGGUGGCUUUAAAGCUCCCAUUACUAAUGAAUUUAGGAAAAGCAUCAAACUCACAAGGUACCGCAGUGAGAAGGUGACAAUCAGCUAUACAGAAUACAUGGCCUCCCGCCAAAUUGCACAGCAAAAUGGCACUGUGCAUGCACUGCCUCAUUAUACGCAUUACUCCUGACACAGCAUUGCCCACCUUGCAGCCCUGUCCCCCGCUCGCCGGCAAUGCCUGUGAUCUCCGAACAUCUGACUCCUCCUCAGCCCCCUCCUCCUGGUCCAGUUACUUAUACUACUGCACCAUUUUAUGAGCUUCACCAGAGGAGGGAGCAGUGCCCAGAGACUCACAGACACAAGCAGCCUUACCUCACCCCUGCUCUCUCCAGGGACCUUGAGUGGGAGGGAGAGCUAAAUGGGAAGUUAUGGUCUCCUUCAACCCCCCAGUGUUAGGGGUCACUCCCCACGGAAAAAGCACUUUUAGGUUUUUACAUUCUAUAUUGAUUUUUUAUAUAUGCAUAUAGAAUUAUAUCUUUUUUUAACCUACAGAACAAGCCCUACUUUGGAAAAUCUGCUCCGUUAUUUCACAGAUUUGCCUGGAAUUGAGCCACAUGGCCUUUAGUGUGUUGCUUUACAACAACAGACCAACACUGGUCUUAGGCUGUAAGUGCGACACAUUGAGAGCUGUAGAGUGGAGUAGCGCAAAAGGUUGGCCGGUGUAUAAAUAUUCUUUAUGCAGGGACGUCAGUUUCCAUGUAUUAAUCCUUACAACAUUUUAAUCCUAAAUUGUGGGACAUUUUAGGUACUGGCCUACUUUGCCUUAAAAUUUCCCAAAAUUACAUAGAAAGACAACUUUCUAUACACAUUUGAAUAUGUUCUGCUUCUUUGCUGUCCCAUUAAGAAAGGACUGUUUGGAGGCAUGUAUCUAGACCUUUCUUGUUAUGAAUACAGCUGUUUAGUCUUGUUUCCAGUUCUUAUUAUUUUCCAGUUCUAUAUACACAGCUUAUAACACUGAAAGUUGUAAGCCAGGCUGCUAUGAUUAUAUCUAAGGCCAUAUAUACAUUGACUUACAUUUUUCCUCUAUAUCAAAUAUACUAAAAUAAAAAUACCCCAAAUAAAAUUUUUCUCCAGUAUUAAACAUAUAGGCAUGCUUUCCUACAACAAUAUAAAUAAUAAAACACAAUUAAACACAAGAUUUAUACAUAAUCUUAUACCCUUAUCCGUGGUAACCAGAACAUCAGGAGAACUGUGCAAUUGACUAUUUUUUCUCUAAGUCUACAUAGCUAUAGUUAUAAAAAGGUUAGGCAUCCCUUCAAAGGGGUUAUCCAGCAGGAGGGAGGGGCUUAUACAUUUUCCCACUUAACAACAUAAAAAAAAAAAACAACCUUUACCUACCUCCCGUGUUUCCUCUGUGCCUCCAAUGUCCCUCUCCGAUCCCCGACUGCGAUCCUCCCAGAAAUUGUGAUGCCUGGGCCCAAUGUGAUGUUGGAACCCAGAGUGUCAUACUAUCUCUUGACCUUGACUGGGGGACACUAUUGAAACACAGAGAAAAAGGAUCGCACUCGGGGACCAGAGCAGGACCCGGAGGCACAGUGGGAAUGCUAAAGGUAAGUGAUAAACCCUUUCCCCCUGUCCUGCUGUGUAACCCUUUUAAAGCCACAAAUCAGAGUAUACAUGUGUCGGCCUAACCCACCGAUUUUGGCGGGACCAUCUAAUGUGUAUGGUGGCCUCCCAACUUUCCCAAAACAGAUGAUGUCAGGGUGGAGGAUGUUCAAACAUGUUGGAUUUCAACCUGAACCUGACCCUUUUACCAACACAUGAAUGCUUGACCGAGCCAAGUGUGCAUGUUUAUGUAGGGAACUGGAGAGAUAGCUGUCAACCCGACAAGUGUUUGGCCAACAGCUUUAUUUUGUGUAUGGCCAGCUUUAGAAAAACUCCAGCAAGAGAGCAAAAAAAAUUUCCUUUCUGGUUCAUACCUGAAAUGUAAUGCAACUUAAAGUAAAGUAUAUACUACUUGUCUGCAAUCCAGCACUGGGUCCUGAUAGCCAUCUUCCUCUCCCCAAAUUAAGUCGGGAUGUGACCUUUAUGUAAGAAGGCACAUUAGAUAUGCAAAAGGUGCUUAUUCAGGAUGGGCUGGGAAAAAAGCAUACCCGAGUAACAGUGAUAAAACUUAUGAAGCAAAUGAAUGUGUAUAAAACUCUUUGGGAAUUACUAGAUAAAGAGGGUCUAUCACUUUGGUUAUGCUGUUAUGCUGACCUCAUUGCAGGCAGCAUUACAUAGGGACAUAACAUUGUUUUCAGUGGUCUAUGCUUUACACUGGAAAUGAGGCAGCACACAGCAGGAAAGCAGUCGCUGUUUUGUUUGUUUGACAGGGAAACUUUACAAUGCUAAAGCGUGUUUGCUCCUCUGAGAAAUAUAUGACUAAUUUGGCAACUGGGUGUUACCAGUUCACCUUAAAGGGGUGGGUGUUUACUAAAGCAGACUUGUCAUGAGAACUUUAAGUGUCAGCCAUUAUUUGGACCUAUAUAUCAUAUAAAAGAAAACCAUUCAAUGGUGGGCAUUCACUUUUAUGGUUGUCAUCCAGCUUUCCCAGGGACAUAUAUUAUGUAAUAUCUACCAGCAAUUUUGUGGAUUUUAAAAGUAAAUAUUUAUGCAAGCAAAUUAGAAACAUGGAAACUCACGUCCACCCUAAUCGACGUGUGAUAAAACGUCCACUGAUCUUGAAGCCAAACAAUUAUCCCUUUAACCAUUACAACCUUAUUUAUACUACAUGAAUUCUGUGUCUUAUAUGACAUCUUUUAUGACAUUUUUAUGCCUGCUGGCAAACUGGAGAGGCAGCUCAGGGGAAGAGUGUAAACUUGUGUGGCAGAGACAGGGAGAGAGGAUGGAUUUUGCACAUGAAAUGUCAGGCUUCAAGCUCUGUCUUCAUCUUUGUCCUACCCAAGAAGCCACCACCAACUGGCUUCUUAGGUAGUAGAUUGAUAAGUAUCCUGCCAGGCAUCCCCCUCCCUCCCUCUGAGGAAUCAUGGAAGAUUGUUUUUUUUUCCUUUCAUGCUGCUGAGAAUAAAUUGAACUGAUUGGAUCAGGCAAUGAAAUGUAGUGUUGUCAUGAUUUAAAAGUCUUGUGCUUAUUUCAUCGGUAUUGAUAUGCAUGAGAACACCCCCAAAACUAGAACUUUGGGUGGGGAAUUUAUAGUUGUAUGUCUGAAUCUGUGUGUACAUCAUGUGUACUUGUGCCAAAUAGCUUAGAUCUAAGUUUAGUCAAAUUUAAUUGAUUAGCUACCAAUGCAAAAA